CCUGUGUGCGUCACUUUUGAUCAAGCUGUGCUUCGCGUCGGUCGCGUUUCCGUAAACUCGAGUGCGCUGUGAAUAUUCCUAUCGGAAAUUCUCCAAUUAGUUCAGUAUUCUUAGUGGGUCAGAAAAAUUAAACAUCAUACAACAUGUCGGACGAUAAGAAGGAAACGAAAGAAUCUGAGCAUAUCAACUUGAAGGUCCUUGGACAGGACAAUGCGGUCGUUCAAUUUAAAAUCAAAAAGCACACCCCACUGCGCAAACUUAUGAACGCAUAUUGCGACCGAGCGGGUCUUUCGCUGCAGGUCGUACGCUUCCGAUUCGACGGCCAACCGAUAAACGAGAACGACACGCCAACUACGCUGGAGAUGGAGGAAGGCGAUACCAUAGAAGUCUACCAGCAGCAAACCGGUGGAAUUGGUGUUUAAAUCCGCGUAAAUGAUGUAAGGGCGACGGCGGCCGAUAGCUGCUGUGUGCGUUCUUCUCUUGAUUUACUUUUAACUUGUUUCAUUAUAAUUCUUUCUCUACUGUACUCAAACCUCGUUGAAAAUUUUACUUGCGUCCUUGCUACUCCGAUUUCCUAAUCCAUUUUUCUGAGUUUAAUUAGCACAGCAGCUACCCGAGCGUCCACAUCUGAACGACGCGAUGAAGUAAUCCAUUCGAAUGCAUGGAUGAACGAUGCAAAAUGGGCAAAUCGAUUCCAGAUGUGGACGCUCCGUAAGAAAUUGUACAAUAUCCCAUACUAACACCAUGGUGGAGACUAGAAUAAGCAAGCAUGGGCAGGAGAGGCGUCAUCGAGAGCCACAAGUAGGGUCAGUCUGCGAUUUAACAUAAUGGACACAUGCGUAUGGUUUGAGAAACGAAGUAGAUACAUACCACAUUAGAAGAUUGCGCAUGCUACCUUUUGGCGCACUUCGACCAAGGAGAUUAUUAUUCUUUUAUUGGUCGCUAUCUUUUAAAGCACUUUGACAAAUACAAUACAAGGCAGGAAAAACCGCAUCAAUAACGAAAAACCUGCACCCAAAUAAAUCCUAUGUUUAGUUUGUAGCAUUGAAUGAUCUAAGAAGGCAAUCUAUCAAAUGAGAAACAUGUUGGAAUGGCUCAUGGGACUUCAUCGAUGAAAUAAAUUUUUCCAUUUUGUUCUUACA